AAUGGCCCCCACUACAUCUGCUGUAACAACUGACGGAAUGCUAGGUGAAGAAAGAACAACAACCGUUCCUGUCUUCACAGAUGCUACAACAACCGAAGGUACACCAGAACCUACAACAACUUUACCUGUAACAACAACUGUACCUAUAACAACAACUGAAAUUGUAACUACCACAACUAUACCUGCAACCACGACUGUUCCAACUACCACAGCUCCGUUAUGCCAUGGUUCACUUGUCCAAACUGACUGUGUUUGCCAGAAGACAUGCGAAAGCUUGGCUGAUUCAUCAUUCAAAUGCCCAACACUGGGAUCUGAUUCAUGUAAUAAGGGAUGCCACUGUGGUGCAGGAUACGUUAUGCAUAAUAGUAAAUGUAUCAAGGAAACUGAAUGUCCAUGCUUUGCCAACAAUCGCUAUUACCAAUUUGGAGAGAAAUUUGCCUUGGAAGAGAAGUGCAUGCUUGGAAUAUGCACAGCUGAAAAGGGCAUUGUUAAGAUGGUUGAUCCUACCUGCCAACAAGACAAGUGUACUUUAGGUAGAGUUUGGAGUGACUGUGCUUGUGAAAAGACGUGUGAAAAUCCAAAACGCAAAUGCGAUAUGGUCAAUUGUAAACCAGGUUGUGCUUGCAAAGAGGGUACAUUCUGGAAUGGUGAAAAAUGCGCUCCUCAAACAGAGUGUCAAUGCAAGAAGGGAGAUAAACUUUACAGUGAAGGUGAAAGAUGGAAUGUUGGUCAAUGUGUACGCUGUAAAUGUGAAAACGGUCAAGAAAUUUGCUCUGAAUAUUGUCCACUUACAGAAGAAGAUUGCAAGAAGAAGGGCAAGAAACUCGUAAAUAACAAUCUUGAAGAUAAGGUUUGCUGUUCAUGUGUGGCUGACGAACCACAGUGCAUGGAUGAAUCAGGAGUAUCACGAUCUGUUGGUUCUAUUUGGCACAAAGGAGUUUGCGACAUGUACGAAUGUGUCUUGCUUCCUGGUGGCAGUACAAUGGUGAAACAAAACCACACUACAUGUACGCCAUGCAGACAAGGCGAAACUCCAGUUUAUUCACCAAAGAAAUGCUGUCCUGAAUGCAAGGAACCACUUACAACAACUACAACAUCCACAACCACAACUGCCACAACACCUGGUACAACAACCAGUACUGGAACAACUACUGAGUUGGUUACCGGCGGUCACACUCCGGAACCAGAUACAACAACCGGAACCACAACAGUAUCUACAACUGAAACAACAACUGUCUCUACCAUAGGAACAACAACAGAACAAGUUACUGGUGGUCAUUCAGAAGAACCAUCAACAACAGGAACUACUACAACUGCUGGUACUACAACAGGAACUACUACAACUGCUGGUACUACAACAGGAACUACUACAACUGCUUCAACAUCAACGGCAGGAACAACCCCAGGCACUACAACAGGUACUACAACAGAGUUAGUUACUGGUGGCCAUACCGAGGAGCCAUCUACUACACCAGCAACAACCACACCACAAACCACAACGCAAGGAACAACAACUACACAAACAGAAGAAACUACAACAGAGGGAACAACAACCACACCAACAGACGCAACAACAACACAAGGAACAACACCUGCUACAACAACAGGAACAACAACUGAAUUAGUAACUGGUGGUCAUACAGAAGAACCAGUUACUACAACAGCAGCUGCACCAACAACUACUGGAGUAUCGACAACUGAAGCGCCAGUUACUAAACCACCAACUUGUGCAGAAGCUAUGUCAAAGGACACAGUAUUGACUGACGAUUUGAUUGAUCUAUCACCAGAAGGAACUGUUGACGAUUUACGUCCUAAUGGUUCAGGCUGGAAGGUUGAUAAGACUUCUUCCCCAUCCAUCACAGUUGAUUUGACACCAGAUGAUAAGGAUGGUCCAACCAACUUGGAACAAAUCACUCUGAAGGGUAAUGUUGAAGAUGUCAAGAUAUUGGUCAAGAAAACACCAGAAGCUGAAUUUGAGACUGUUAAGGAUAGCGAAGGUGAUGUUGAAUUUGAUGCAACAAAACCAAUCAGAUUCACCGAAGUUUUGAAAGUCUAUAGUAUCAGAAUCGUAUUAUUAGACACAAUUGAAGAUACAGAUACAACUUACCUUACAACUCUUUCUGUUCACGCUUGUGUCAAGGUACCAGAAGUAAAGACAUGCAAAUAUAAUGGAAAGGAUUACGAUUUCAACUCUGAAUGGUUCGUUGAAAAAUCAGGUAUUAAAACAUGCGUUAAGUGCAAUUGCAAUGAAAAUGGCGUCAACUGCGACGACAUGAGCAAGAACUGCAACUUAAAAUGCGAUGGUGAACUUGUAUAUCAAAAUGGAACUUGUUGCCCAGUUUGUAAACCAAAGAAACAAUCUUGCAGCUUGAAAACUGUAAAUACCGUUUUGGAAGUAGGAGAAUGUAAAUCAGCUAAUUACGUAAAAAGAACAAUGUGCGUAGGAUCAUGUAGUAGUGGAGCAACAGCAAUGUUUACAGCCCCAUACAUGAAGGCAGUCUGCAACUGCUGCAAACCUGUCGCAAUGGAAAAGGCUGUUGAAAGUCUCACAUGCAAAAACGGAACAACAAUAGAAUAUAAUUAUGUAAAAAUACAACAGUGUUCCUGCAAUCAAUGCAGCUAUAAUCCAUUUGCAUAA